CCUGGAGGGAGAAACGAAGGAAAAGUUAGUCAAGAUGGCAAAACCCGCAGACCCGAAGUGAAGGGUACCGCUCCCCCCUAAAGAUUGCGACUGUCGUCCGUCCUGAGACAAAGCCAACGAUGCAAACAGCGCAACAAGGCCCUAGAGGGGUUCCUUGAAGAAUAUGCCAAUGAUGCAGAUGCUGAUGUGACUUAUUGCAUGUUGAACGCUGACUCAUCAAAUAUCAAUUCCUCUGUGGGCGAGUAAUUAGCUGAGGGCAGCAUAUAUAAGUCAGCAGCUACAGGAGCACCUGCAUCCUCUCACUGGAGGUCUGAUCUCCUCCUGAAGGAAUACUUUGUGGAUCAACACAUGUUGGCACCAAGAAGACUGUCAUCUCGCUGCUGCCAUAGCUAAGAAUGGCCUCAAGCAGCUUCAGCUGAAUCCAUCCAACACUCAAAGAUCCCAAAACCUUCAUCAGCUUUAUCCAGAACGUCACUGGAAAGUUAAGGGAAGAUCUCUCUGUGAUUCCCCCUGCUCCCUACCGCCCCUCCAAAACCAAAGCUGCUUUGGGAACCCCAGCAGCACUACUGCCACCCCACCCCGCCUGCUGCCCCUCUCCCAGGUCAUGAUGUUUCGCGAUCAGGUGGGCGUACUAGCCAGCUGGUUCAAAGGGUGGAAUGAGUGUGAGCAGACAGUGGCUCUGCUGUCCUUGCUGAAGAGGGUGAGCCGGACGCAGGCUCGUUUCCUGCAGCUCUGUCUGGAGCACUCCCUUGCAGAAUGCACAGAACUACAGGUUCUGGAGGCAGAUGCCAACAAUCCAGAUGUUAUCAGCCAAUGGCAAUGCGAGCCAAAAGAACGUGUCAUCUCACUUGUCCUCACCCACUUGCCAUUGCUCAAACCGGGCAAUGUAGAAGCCAAGGGCGAGUACAUGCGUCUACUACCACGCAUCCUUGCGCACACAAUUGAACAUGGCCGUCACCUGGAAGAGUCUCGCCAACUCUUAUCCUAUGCCCUCAUCCACCCUGCCACCUCUUUGGAAGACCGUGCAGCAUUGGCCCUGUGGCUCAACCACCUGGAGGAGAGGGCUGCUACCACAGGGGACUCUCUUGAAAGGCCAUCGCCUGCUGGCCCGCAUCACCACCAGUCCACUCCACCAUCUACCUUGACAUCAUCAGGAUCCUCCACCAACAGUUCUUCUUCUUCUGGUAACCUAUACGCUUUGCAUCACCACCAGCGCUACGGCUCAGACGAUCGCCUCAAUGGGUGGCAAAGCUGCAGAGAUUCGGGGCUAGGGGGAGGCUGGCAGCAGCAGGGCUGUGAGAAUGGACACCUGCCUCUCUACCCAUCAUCCUCUGUACCAGCAACCAUCAACACAUUAGGAACUGGUGGAAGUGGUAAUACCAUUGUAACGAGUGGAGGUGGUAACCAGUCACACAGUCCACUGAAGCGCUCAGUGUCUCUAACUCCACCAAUGAGUGGCCCAAGCAACCAUCCCAUGGGUCCUGUCUGGCUGUCCCAGGAAGAUCUACGUAGUAGUAGAGGCCCAGCCCCCGAUCACGCACCCCUCUCCCCUCAAAGUAGCAUUGCUUCCUCGGGCAGCGGAGGAAGUGAACAUCUGGAAGAGGCCAGUUUAGGAGGAGGUUUAAGUCUACAUCGUAGUUCUUUCCAUGAGGAGGGCAGCGGCAUGAGGGAUGUUCCUGCUUGGCUGAAGAGUCUCCGUCUCCAUAAGUAUGCAGCACUAUUUUCCACCAUGACAUAUGAUGAAAUGAUGUCACUUACUGAAGAACAACUUGAGGCACAGAAAGUCACCAAAGGAGCUAGACACAAGAUUGUUAUUAGCAUUCAAAAGCUAAAAGAGAGACUAAACCUGCUGCGCAGCCUAGAAAAGGAUGUACAGGUAUUAGAGGGCAGUAAUCUCCGUGUACCAUUGCAAGAACUUCAUCAGAUGAUCAUGACACCUAUCAAGGCAUUCAGUGGAGGCAAGGAGACUUCGUUACAGCGCCCUCCCCUGAACCCAGAUUCCAAAAGUGCACCUGGGUCCCACCUCACUGGAGGUAGAGAGGCUGAGGCAAGCUCAAGUGUCAUUGCAGAGGGGGAUCUACCAAGCCAAUUUACCCGUGUUAUGGGCAAAGUUUGCACUCAGCUACUGGUGUCGAGGUCAGAUGAGGACAACAUCAGCUCCUACCUACAACUUAUUGACAAGUGUCUUAUACAUGAGUCCUUUAGUGAGACUCAGAAGAAGCGGCUGUUGUCAUGGAAACAACAGGUUCAGAGGCUGUUCAGAUCCAUUCCGAGAAAAACACUCCUUGACAUUGCAGGUUACCGACCACAGAGAAGCAGUCGUGUUUUCGGCCAGUCCAACUCUCUUCCCACCACAAGCUGUGUUGGGAGCAGUGUUAUGGCACGUAGAAGUCUUCGGCAGUUCCAGAUGCCGUCUAGGAGCUUACCAGGAGCAAGGCUGGGCCUGCUGGGCAGCAGUAGCCUCCUGGGACCCACACCUCGCAGCAGCAGCAGUAGCAGCACACCAGCAGGCCCCAAGCAGGGGAGACAGGGUCUGUGGUUUGCCAAUCCUGGGGGCAGCAACAGCAUGCCAAGUCGAACCCACAGCUCUGUGCAACGUACCCGCUCCCUGCCGGUUCACACAACACCUCAAACUAUGGUCAUGUUCCAACAAGCUGAUCUUCAAUUGCCAGUUAAUGAGCCAGACAUCAACAAUCGCCUUGAAUCCUUAUGUCUGAGUAUGACAGAGCACGCAUUGGGAGCACCAGAGUCCCCAGUUCCAGCGGCAUUGACCUUGGUGAGACGCUGCAGGAGGACCUGGGAGCGGGCCCGCCAGAUGCUGCUGCACCAGGGACGGUCCUACAAAACCGCUGCUGACCGUCGGAGGACACCAGCCCCGAACUACAAAGUUGGUCAGCGUGUUUGGCUCUCUACCAAACAUACUCCACUCCGGGUGGAGUCCAGGAAGCCCGCUCCCAGGUUCGUUGGGCCCUUCCCCAUCACAAAGAUCAUCAAGCCUGUCACCGUGAAGCUUAGGCUCCCAAGGUCGAUGCGGGUCCAUCCUGCUUUUCACGUCAGCCUGCUCAAGCCCACCCGGGAAUCCCUUCUGGUCCCGCCUUCCAGUGUCUGCCAAUUUGGCCACUUGGAAGACGAGAUGAUUCACGGCCAGCUAACGGAGCCCAUAAGUGAUCCAAUGCUAUGGGAGAAGCUGUUACUCUUGCCCUUCGACCUCCCGCUGUGGAAGGCUGUGGAAAUGACGUUUCAGCUGGAGAAUGCAGCACAGUUAGCAGCACGGCCAGCAAGCAACCCACCCACCUCGCGCUUCCUGCUGGCACUGACCGUCGCUCCAAGAACUCAACACUCCGACUCCGCUUCCUCCUACAACGGAGUUGAGACGAACUUCGCUUGGAUCCUCAGCUCCACCCCCAGCUGCUUCCAAAAGAUAAUGGCUACCAUCUUCGCCGGCAUCCCAGGUGUGGUUGUGUACCGAGACAAUAUUGUGGCGCAGGGGCCGACGACCGCUCUGCAUGACGGCCGCCUCUCCAAGAUAUCAGAUGUAAUAGCCAGCCACAACUUCACAAUGAAUGAGUAG